AUGCGGCACAUCCACACAGAGACGUCCCAGCCCCCGGAGCACAGCACAGACCCCAGCCUGUCCCGGCCCAGUGGAGAGGCACCCUUGGAGACUUCCUCACAGCGCUGCACCCACCGCAGCAUCCUCAUGGGCUACAACGAGACUGAGAUCAAGCGCCAGAAGGUUUACCAGGUCUCCAUCUUCUCCCACCUCUCCAGCUCCUCUGAGAGCACAGAACAGCGUGCAGGCAACCGGUCAGCCGUCAAGAGGGUUUACCCCGAGCAGCGAACUCCAGAGGGGGGGCGAGAUCCCAAACGAACUCACUGGGGUGGUGCUGGGGUGGACAGCAAGCGUGACGGGGGGCCUGGGCAGGCUUCCCUGGACGAUGACGAUACCUUUGAGGAUGGUCUGCUGGUGGAGGAGUUAUCCCUGUGUGGCUCUGCCCAGCACUUCUCCCACAGUGGGCUGCGAGUGGUGGAGCACCGGUGUGAGAGCAGCCCUAGCCACAGCCCCAAGGCCAGUGGAGAGGACAAGUUGCAGGAUGUCUCCUCCUCCUCCUGGCCCCAGCACAUUGCUUGCAGUACUUUGCACAUGAGAGAUGGUUGCCCUGUCUCUUCGGGGGAUCAGCCCACAGAUUAUGGGGCAAAUGGAGAGCAGGCAAGUGGCCACAAUUUACUUCACCUUGAUUUGCACAAUAUUGCACAAACAGCCUGGCUGGACUCUGGUGGGAAGAGAGAGAAGCCAGGGAGCAGCCCAGCUCACAGCAGCAGGGCUAGUGGAGAAAUGGAAUGGCCAGUGGUGGCCAACGGGUGCAAGGAGCCCCCAGCUCCGCAGACAGCACUCAGCCCUGAGCCCAGCAACCUGAGCUCCCAGGAGAAGACGCCCUGUGGGAGCAGCCAGCUCAGCAGCAGCAGCUGCCCAGCCAAAAGGAAGUUACUGCCUGCUGGUGAGGUUGUGGCCGACUCCUGCUCUGAGGACGAGGGCCUGUCCCCACCAGCAAGGAAGAAGAGGGUCCUGCCAUGCCAUCCGGUGCCCACGGCCUGCCGCAGCACUGAUGCCAAAGGGGCCCCUUUCUGGAAUCACCUGCUUCCCACAGCCAAGAGCACUGCGGAUUGCACUGCAGUUGGGAGGAGGCUGAAGAGCGGGCUGCGCCUCAAAUCGCGACACCUCCGGAGCAGCCUCCGGAGGGGCACCAGGUCCUCUGGGGUGCCCUGGGCCACCACCACCGUCAGCCAUGCUCUACUGGGCAACUUUGAGGAGUCCAUUCUGAAAGGGCGCUUUGCACCGUCGGGGAGGAUCGAGGGGUUCACAGCAGAGAUUGGUGCCAGUGGCUCCUACUGCCCCCAGCACGCCACCCUGCCCGUUGAUGUCACCUACUUCGACAUUUCCGAACAUAGUGUGCCCUCGCCUUUCCUGGGAGUGAUUGACUUGGAGGCCUUGGGAAAGAAGGGUUACAGUGUCCCCAAAGCUGGAACCGUCCAAGUGACCUUAUUUAACCCCAACAAGACUGUGGUGAAGAUGUUCUUGGUGACGUACGACUUCCAGGACAUGCCGGCCAACCACAUGACCUUCCUACGCCAUCGAAUCUUCCUGGUGCCUGUGGGGGAAGAGGAAGGGUCCACUGUGGCCACCAAUGACCCACUGGGCACUGGCCCACCCCGCAGGGUCCUCUGCUACCUGAUGCACCUAAGGUUUCACAGCUCCAAGUCAGGGAAGAUCUACCUUCAUGAUGACAUCCGGAUGCUCUUCUCCCGCAAGUCGAUCGAGGUCGACUCAGGAAUCCCCUAUGAACUGAAAUCCUUCACGGAGAUGCCAAGGAACCCAUGCUACUCACCCCGGGCCUGA